ACUCACUUUCGAUAGAGAACCAAAUGAUUGUCACUUUUUAAGAAAAUAUUUGGUCAUUGUGACAAAGUCUGCGUUCUCUUCUAAUGUUUCUUUCUUUUACCAAUUGCUUGAUUUUUUUUCUUAAAAUAGGGACAUAUAAUGUUCUUCUUCUUCCUUCCUUUAGGAGUCCAGGAUUUCUGGCAUAAUAAGAGUAAAUACGCAAACCUUUUAUUGACUUGUCCAAGAUGUCUAAACAAAUCAGUUCGUGUUUGUCGACAUUGGAAAACACUGUCCAUUAUUGUUCUACCAAUUCUGCCUGUCUAUACGACAAAAGCCCUUCGAUGCUCUGUUUGUGGAUGGUGGGAGCCUUCCAACAAAAACUUAAUUGAAAAGAAAAAACAGGACGAACCCCGUCUCCAAGGUGCGAGAUUACAAGGAUUUCAAGGAGCGCAGUUUCCCUAUCCAGGAAUGAUGAUUCCGCAACCUGCCUCUCAACCUAGUAACUUGAAUCCAUCGCAACAGCAGUUACCAUCAAAGCCCAAUCAACAUGAGGAGCAGCUUCCUCCUUACUCAUAAUAAUCACCAAAUGUCAAAGUAAUUUUUAUUUCUUUCUUCCUCAAUAGCCAUAUUUAGUAGCUGUUUUUAGAUAUCUUAGUGCGAAUCACUGCAAGUAUCCCAAUAUAAAUAAAAUAUAUUAAUUAGUGCCUAGUGCUAACAAAACAUAAUCCCAAG